GCAACCCCAUAUUAGGCAAAGUUCUGAGACCGCCCACCCUUGAAAACCUUCAAAAAUGGCCUCGCUUUUUUCCUCUUCUCCCCCAUGGCCCCCAAAGCCACCUUCCCUACCAAAGCCUGCGCGUCCCUCUCCAAUGCCUUUCUCUUUCUCGGUGGAUCAGUUUUGCUUCUUCUACUCCUUUCCCUCUUCUGGCCCGUCCUAAACCCUAUCCCUUAUUUCGAGUCCAAUCUGACAGAACCAAAUGGGUCUGACCCGCCUGACCCGAACUUCUACGACGACCCGGAGCUGACCUACUCCGUUGACAAACCCGUGAAGAAUUGGGACGAGAAGCGCAGCCAUUGGCUGAAGCAUCACCCCUUGCUCGCCGCCGGAGCACGCGAUCGGAUUCUGGUUGUUACGGGAUCACAGGCGACCCCUUGUAAGAACCCCAUCGGCGAUCACCUGCUCCUCAGGCUCUUCAAGAACAAGCUCGAUUACUGCCGAAUGCAUGGCUACGAUUUGUUCUACAACAACGCCUACCUGCACCCCAAGAUGAACUCUUAUUGGGCCAAGCUCCCGGUGAUCCGGGCCGCCAUGAUUGCCCACCCGGAGGUCGAGUGGAUCUGGUGGGUCGACUCUGACGCCGUGUUCACCGAUAUGGAGUUCAAGCUCCCACUAGGCCGCUACAAGGCCCACAAUCUCGUGGUCCAUGGGUGGCCCAAUAUGGUCUAUGAGGACAAAGAUAACAAGAGCUGGACGGGCCUCAACGCUGGGGUGUUUUUGAUCAGGAAUUGUCAGUGGACAAUGGACCUGAUAGAUGUAUGGGCUUCCAUGGGCCCUAAAAGCCCAAACUACGAGAAGUGGGGCCGGGUCCUUCAAACGACGUUUAAAGACAAGCCGUUCCCGCUCCCAGACGACCAGUCGUCCCUGAUUUAUUUGCUCUUCACGAAUAAACCCAAGUGGGGGGACAAGACCUACUUAGAGAGCGAGUACUACUUCCAAGGGUAUUGGAUAGGGUUAGUGAAGAUGUAUGAUAAUGUCACCAAGGCGUACAUGGAGAUGGAGAUUCAUGCGCCCAUGUUGAGGAGGAGACACGCAGAGAAAGUUAGCGACUAUUACGCUGCGUUGAGAGAGCCAUACGUCGAGGACGCGGGUUAUGAGAAUGGGAAUGUUAGGAGGCCAUUUGUCACGCACUUCACGGGGUGUCAGCCAUGUAACGGGGAACAUAAUCCUCUGUAUGUUGGGGACACGUGCUGGAAUGAGAUUGAGAGGGCCUUGAAUUUCGCGGACAAUCAGGUGCUUCGCAAGUAUGGGUUUUUGCACCCCGAUCUACUGAAUUCCUCCUUGGUGGCUCCUCUACCAUUUGAUUACCCCGCCUGAUCGGUCAUAAUGAUCGAAGGUACGAACAAUAAUAUAUGGUAUGUUUAGAUUUAGGAUAGACAUCAGCUGGAUGGUUAGUAAUUUGGAUGUUAAAUAUGA